AUGCCCGCCCCCAGUAACCGAAAGGGAAAGUCCCGCGCGACAGAGGAAGAGACGGUGCAAGCAGCCCUCCCCCUCGGUAAACAGCUCGCCCACACCGACAAGAAGGUCAGAGACAGGGCUAUUGCAGGAUUGGUUGCAUUUGUGUCCCAGGGAAGUGGGGAGGGAGAAGGAAGCAAGUAUGUGCCGCUGGAAGAUAAAGAGAUGGCCAAACUCUGGAAGGGAUUGUUCUACUGUGCACCAGGCUUCUGGAUGUCCGACAAGCCCCUUGUCCAACAAGCUCUCGCUACUUCCCUCUCCGACCUUCUUCUGCUCAUCGCCCCCUCCAACCCCUCCGACACUUUCCCCGCCGCACUCGCCUUCCUCGCUGGGUUCUGGCAAGCCAUCGUCCGAGAAUGGACAGGUAUCGACAGGCUGAGGAUGGACAAGUACUAUAUGCUCAUGCGUAAGUAUGUCAAUGCGACAUUUAGGCUGUUGGCGAGGGAGCAAUGGAAGGAGGAGAAGGUGGCUGCGGUCAAUGAUGUUUUGAUGAAGAAGGGUGGACCUGUCGGAUGGGAAGAUCGAAGUGUUCCCGAGUCGCUUGCCAACCACUUGUCCGAUAUCUACCUCGAAGAGCUCGACAAGGUUCUCGCUUUGCCCGAAGUCACCUCCCAACCCCCCUGCCCUGUCGCCUCUCUCCUUACCCCUCACACCAUUCUCCUCGCCCGAACCCCCACAAAGACAGUCCACACGCGCCUCAUGUCCUCGCUCUUCACCCCCAUCCUCACUUCCCUCUCCCUCGCUUCCUCCACUCCCGUGGCCGACUCUGAGAGACCCGCAAAGAGGACAAAGAAGGAGGAGCCGAUGUAUGCGCAUAUCGUUAUGCACUCUACCGCGAAAGAAGGAGGGAAGGAGAGGAGCACGCCGGAAGAGCUGAAGGGAUCGGUUCUGAGGGGAAUGUUCAACGCUGCCGCGCAUGGUGGUGCGACGGAGCCCAAUAGGAGAAAGAUCUACAAGGUCUGGAGAGAAGAGGGUGGAGACGAUGACGACGACGACGACGAAGAGUAG